GAAAGAAAUGAAAGAAAAAAAACACUCUUGCUUCCAAAUCGAAAUAGCCAUUGUCAUGUGUGUUGAGAUCUCACUCCACACCAUCUCAUCAUCAGAUCUGAACUCUCUCCAGAAAUUCUCUAAUCUGUAUGUGCAUUGAAUUCAACUCAGCUCUCAAUUCCAAUACAUCUCUCUCUCUCUCUCUCUCUCUCUCUCUCUCUCUCUCUCAUGGCGCAGCAACAGUUCCUUCACCAGCGCCCAAUCAAAAACCCUUUCUCUUCAUCUCCUCUUUCAAACUCUUCACUCUCUAACCGCCCAAUCUCCCUCCUCAGCCGCAACGGUCUCCUCCUCCUCCUCGCACUCCUCGUCAUCCUCGGCGUGUUCCUACCCUGGGCUGGAUCUCCCUUAUUCCCAUUCCCAAACACAUUCUCUUCCUCUUCCCACUCCAAAUGGCGCGACUACUCCCUCGCUCAAGCCGUUAGUUUCGUCGCUAAGAACGGCACAGUGAUCGUCUGCGCAGUGAGCUAUCCAUACUUGCCUUUCCUCAACAACUGGCUGAUCAGCGUCUCCAGGCAGAAUCAUCAAGACAAAGUCCUCGUGAUCGCCGAGGAUUACGCUACUCUCUACAAGGUUAACGAGAAGUGGCCUGGUCACGCCGUUCUCAUCCCUCCCGCCCUCGAUUCUCAAACCGCUCACAAAUUCGGUUCCCAGGGUUUCUUCAAUUUCACAUCGAGGAGGCCGCAGCAUCUGUUGCAAAUUGUGGAGCUAGGUUACAGUGUUAUGUACAACGAUGUUGAUAUGGUCUGGCUCCAAGAUCCCUUCAACUAUUUGCAAGGAAGACAUGAUGCUUACUUCGAGGAUGACAUGACUGCUAUUAAGCCCUUGGAUCAUUCUCAUGAUUUACCACCUCCUGGUAAAAAAGGAAGGCCUUAUAUUUGUAGCUGCAUGAUCUUCUUGCGCCCCACUACUGGCGCUAAGCUUCUGUUGAAGAAGUGGAUUGAGGAAAUGCGAGACCAACCUUGGUCCAGAGAAAAGAAAGCUAACGAUCAGCCUGCUUUUAACUGGGCUCUUAUGAAAACAGCUCAUCAGGUGGAUCUGUACUUGCUUCCUCAGGCAGCAUUCCCAACAGGAGGAUUGUACUUCAAGAACAAGACAUGGGUUAAGGAGACAAAGGGGAAGCAUGUGAUAAUCCACAAUAACUACAUUCUUGGUUUUGAAAAGAAGACUAAACGUUUCCGUGACUAUGGUCUAUGGUUAGUGGAUGAUCAUGCUCUUGAGUCCCCAUUAGGAAAAUUAGAGUAAAUUCACAUGCCACAAAAAAAAAAGAUUGUUUUGUUUUGGUCGCACCCACCCUCUUUUAUUGUUUCAGGCUGUGGAAAGAAAGAUAACAAGUAACUUUAUGUAGGAGUCUUUUAAAGCUGUGAGAGGGUUAUAUCCAUUUAAGUAAUGUUAUGUCAAAAUGCUAUAAUUGACAUUGAGUCGGGUUAUUCUAUUCGAUUACUUCA